AUGGCUCUCACAGCCAAAAAGGUUGACGACCCCUGCACUAGAGCAUUGAUGCAAUUUUUUCAGCUAGUAAAAUUACGGAAACUUGGACUUAGCGAUAAUGAAAUUCAGAGGCUCCCUCCAGAAAUAGCUAACUUCAUGCAAUUGGUAGAAUUGGAUGUGUCUCGAAAUGAUAUUCCAGAAAUUCCAGAAAGCAUCUCAUUCUGCAAAGCACUUCAGAGAGCUGACUUCAGUGGAAACCCACUGACUAGGUUACCAGAAAGCUUUCCUGAAUUACAGAAUCUAACCUGUCUUUCUGUAAAUGACAUCUCACUCCAGUCCCUACCUGAAAACAUUGGCAACCUUUAUAACCUGGCUUCACUGGAACUAAGAGAGAAUCUGCUUACAUAUUUGCCUGAAUCUCUUACCCAGCUGCAAAGACUAAAGGAACUUGAUUUGGGAAACAAUGAAAUCUAUAAUUUGCCAGAAACAAUUGGAGCACUCCUACACCUUGAGGAUCUCUGGUUGGAUGGGAAUCAGCUGGCUGAAUUGCCUCAGGAAAUAGGAAACUUGAAAAACCUGCUGUGCUUGGAUGUCUCAGAAAAUAAGCUAGAAAGACUUCCUGACGAGAUCAGUGGCCUAGCUUCCCUAACAGAUUUAGUCAUUUCUCAGAAUUUGCUCGAGGUUCUUCCUGAUGGCAUAGGAAAGUUAAAGAAACUGUCCAUCUUAAAGGCUGAUCAGAAUAGACUUGUGCAACUAACAGAAGCAGUUGGAGAAUGUGAAAGUCUCACUGAGCUUGUUCUGACUGAAAAUCAACUUCUGGCGUUACCCAAAAGCAUUGGAAAACUAAAGAAGUUGAGCAACUUGAAUGCAGACAGAAACAAAUUAGUGUCAUUACCAAAAGAGAUUGGUGGGUGUUGCAGUCUCACCGUAUUCUCUGUGCGUGACAACAGAUUAACUCGGCUUCCCGCAGAAGUUUCACAAGCAACAGAACUUCAUGUCCUCGAUGUUGCUGGAAAUAGAUUAUUGCAUCUGCCUUUAUCCCUGACUAACUUGAAGUUAAAGGCUUUGUGGCUGUCUGACAACCAGUCCCAGCCUCUGCUUACGUUCCAGACUGACACAGACCAUGAAACAGGAGAAAAAAUCCUAACUUGUGUUUUGCUUCCUCAACUGCCUUCUGAACCCAGUUGCCAAGAGAACUUGCCCCGCUGCGGGGCACUGGAAAGCUUAGUCAAUGAAAUGUCAGAUGAAACAUGGAACGAACGGGCCGUCAACAGAGUCAGUGCAAUCCGAUUUUUGGAAGAUGAAAGGGAUGAAGAGGAUAACGAAAUGAGAACACUUCUAAGGCGAGCCACUCCACACCCAGGAGAGUUAAAGAGUAUGAAAAAGACAGUGGAGAAUUUACGGAAUGACAUGAAUGCUGCAAAAGGACUGGAUUCGAACAAAAAUGAGGUCAAUAAUACCUUUGACAGAGUGACCACUUCUGUGUAAAGCCUCCAAGUUUUUACCUCCUGUGUCUUCCCCUGCUGUCGAAAUGGUCCUGUCUUCCAAGGAAUCUCUCAUCCAGCCCUUUGUCUUAACCAGAUCCUGACCCAUCAUCUCCUUGUACCGCCUAGUGGAGGGUGCUGCUGUCUCGAAGGAAGUGCCUUAUACUAACCAGUCGUGGCACCAGUAAUCUCCAGAUAAUAUAUUUUUAAUGGAUUUUUGGUCACUUUUAAUGAGUAGAAUACACUACUGUACAACUUCACUUGUCAUUGUUGUCCUACGUUGGGGGAAGGAGGGAUUUUGACCCUCUCCCCCACAGUGCUGGGAUAUUUUAGACCCAGGUAUACUUGGACCUACUGAUGAAAGAUAUAGUUUUAUGUGAAAAAAAAAAAAAGAUACUUUUUUAAACAUUUUUUGGCAGCUCAGAUGGUGUAAAUUUUAAAAUUUUGUAUAGACAUUUCAUAAGAAAAUUAUGUAUUUCUUUUUUGUUGUUUUAUCUGGAAAACGGUACAUAUUUUACUAUUUGUGUGGGGGGUAGGGUGGGGAGGGAAAGACAGUCCUGAAGUAUUCAUUUGUAUUUGUACCACCCAGUUGUGCCUUAAUGUAUGUCCUGUUGUAUGUCAAACCAGUCCUAAACAAUGGCAUCCCUAAGAGGAGAAAUUAGUCUGGGAUGGGGAUGCACUUUUUUAGCCAUGUUUGUCUUAAAUUGUUUGUUUGUUUUUUUAACCAAGAGGGUAGGAAGUUAUUAAGAGAGACGCCUGAAUUAGAAAUCAUAUCUGUUUGAUUACCUGAGAGAUGAGCCCACAGGAUUAAACUUCUACUGUUUGAUUACUUAUACUUUAAAACUUUUCACAAAGACAGUGUCUUAAUUGUUAGAAUGCGGUGAGGUUGCUCUUGCUGGUAAGGCUUGUGCCAUUUGUAAAAGAGAAUGGAACAGGAAGCACAGUAGGAGAUUGGUUCAGGGUACAUUAGGAGAACAAGUAAAUGUACCACAGAGGAAAGCAUGAUGCUAUUGAAAAAGGCUUCAGAGGUUUUAUAUCCAGAUAUAAAACCAUAAUAAAGCAGAAACCGUAUAACUAUACCAGAGCAACAUUGGUGUCAUUAUGAGUGCAAUUUAAUUUGAAAAUAAUUUGUUGGGAAGGUAACAAAAUGCUGUAAAAGACGUUGAAUAAAGUAGCCAGUUAUAUUUUGGAGCAGGCAGAC